AUGCUUCGGGAGCAGCUUCGCUCGCCGAAACUCCAAAGUCACCACAGAAAGAAUACUGACCGGCCUUCAGCUACAAUUGUGGUUAUUAGCGACAGCAGUGAGAGCAGCGACGGUAGUGACUUGGACGACGAGGAGUGGCCUAUCAAGUGUAUCCUCCGUGAAACAGACACCGAGUAUCUCAUUGAUUGGGAGGGUCCAUACGAUCCGACUUGGGAACCCAAAGAGAACGCAAGUGAGCUUGCUAUACGGGUCUGGAACAAGCAAAAAGCUCGGCGAUCAAGUGCGCUAGAUAGGAAGUCGACAAGUAGGAGGAUUACUCAAUCGCCCAGCGUCGUCGAAGUCUCUUCCUCAUCAUCAGAAGAGAACACAGGCCAAGGGGACAGCUACCGCACUACCUUCGACGAGACUGAGGACACUGAUUCUGAUAAUCAUUCAAGAGCUUCCUCGUCGCUAUUUGUGCAACAAGACAACAUUUCAGAGAUAGUAGACUCUCUUCAAUCUCAGUACAUUGAAGUCUCGGGCUGCUUUUACGGGACCGCCUCUCUACCUCAAUCUCCAUCUACAAACCCUCGCCUGCAAGCCGACGAAUACAUCCCUGAGUCACCUAUUCCACCUGAAUACCCGCAACGAGGUGAGUGGGACGACGUCAAUACGCAGCAGCCUGGCCCGUACUCUGCGGAAAUCAACAACGUUUCUGAAUUAUUAUCACACCCGAACACGCCGGGUGUUGGACUGAGCUCCAACGUCUCCGAAAUAGCCGAGACGCCUGUUCAGCCAUCAAGUUUAGGAACCGAUUUCUCGUGCCCCGGCUCCUAUCCUUUUUAUAAUACCCCAUCUCACAACAAUUUGACUUUUGGCUCGUGUGGCUCCAUCCUGAGAGACUGCGUGUUCGUCCGGUCAACUUAUCUGAGCUCAAUUCCGGAAACAGUCUGUCAAAACCUGUCACAGCACCCAGAAGAGCUCAGUGCUGAAGGUUUCACCCGACCAAUGCCAUCAUUUUCUAAUCUCGUACAAGAAGAACCAUUUGGCGAAAUCAUGGAAGACAAAGAGCCCAAGCCAUCAGAUCCUUCUCUCUCCGCUGCCACUUUGGACCGAUACGGACAAUUGCCAGGGUCCACUCCCACGGAAAUGAUACGGAACGCCUGGGCUAAACUCAGCGAAGCGAAUCAAUCAGAGCUAUCGCAACCAGCUAACGCUGUCCAAACUCCGUCUUCUGUGGGGGAUGUUGAAGCUUCGAUGCCUGUGUCUAUCCCCGAAACAACUGCUCUGCUUAGCGUCAGACCCGACACAGACUCUUUUUCCAAUUCCCAUACUGCAGUCCACCAUGGUCAUUCUGAACCUUUACUACCACCCUCGGAACUAGCGCACGAAGCUCAUAUGAGCCAACCUUCACUUCAAACUAUUCAUCCCAGUGCGUUGACCGUCACCGACAUGGAUGAGGUGGUUGCGCCCGGUUCUGUCCACCUUGGGCCAUCUGAAUUUGCUGUCCCUCUUCCGAUGAAUGCACGUGUGAAGGAUCACUACGAGCGAGUACUAUCAGAUGCAGCUACAUGCAUACGCAAAUUUUUUGAUAGCUUUCAGUCGAAUACUCAAGUUUCGGAGCCUGAGCGAGAGGUUUUGCAUUCACAUAUGCGGGAGGUCAUCGCCCGGCUGAGCAAUGUUGCAACCUAUCCAGACUUGAAUUUCGCCAAUCAUUUGAAAAAUACCGACCCUGACUUUGCGGAAGAGGCAUCCUGGGCGGAAAUGUCCAGUGCAAAGUUUUUCCUACUUGGUCAUUUCAUGAAGAUUGUAGGUACACACGAGCUCCAUCUGAUUCUCGCUGUACAAGACGAGAAGAAACAGGGAGUUCUCGAGCGUUAUCUCCAAGGGAAAGGUUUUGCAUACACCCGACCCCGUGCAGAGAUGGGUAGCACCUUGGAGGUUUCCCUAGCCAAGGGGUCACUGAGCUUUGGAAUUCAUUCGAGUGAGACCGCCCGUGAACUUUACAAGCCGCCGUCUGCUAUUUUUGCCCUGGAUUCGUAUUUCAAACCCAAAAGCCCGUUCAUACAGCAUCUCCGAACGACUUAUGCCCGAAACGGGAGCUUGCUUCCCGUCAUUUGGUUUCUUGUCGCCAACACUAGUGAACAUAUCGAGCGUUGUUUGCCCGAGUCGCCGGAUCCUGAUCGAUUGCGUUUACUUGUGCACUACAUUGCCCGUUUCCAUGACGAGGCCGGUGAGCUCCAGGAUGAUGCCCUCGGCGCGUCUGAAGAUGCCGAAGAGAUUCUUGGAUAUCUCUUGGAUAGUGUUGCUGGUUGGCCAUUGCCUACCAUUAAACCUUUGAACCUUGUAUCACUGGAGGAGUUAGAGUGCGACAGUUCUUCAUCUGACGAGGCGAUGCCGCCGGCCCAUAAACGCACACUGGAUGAGAAACCCGAUGAACACUCGUCGAAGCGCGCACGGAUUGGUACCCAAGAGGACAGCCAGUUGACCGAGUCAACUAAGCCUCCCACUCAAACGUUGGACCGUGAUUUGAUCUCAUUGGAGAAGAAUAUUAUCCAGAUGAAACACAUUCACGCAAGUGAAAAAGCCCAGCUGCAGGCUGAGCUUGCUCGGGCAAAUUCUGGAUUCCGAGAAAUGGAGAGAGCUCUGGGUAUUCUACAACACCGUUACGAGAGUCGGACGAAGGAACUCCAUGUAACUCGCCAAGAGCGUGAUCGUGUGGUUGAGCACAAGCCGUCUCUAGAACAGCGCGUCGAGAAACAAAAAGAGACUAUCUCUAGUCUGAAACAAGAACGGGCAGAGCUGAAGCGCGAGCUCGACGAAGCUAGACAGGCACUCAAAAAUGGCGGUGGCAGUAAUGCUGAACUAGAGAUGGCACGGGAGGAAAUCCGUCGUCUGACCAAAGAAAAUUCGAACCUUGAGCGCAAAGCUGAGUUUGAGAAAAACCAAUCCGAGUACACCCGAGAGCAAUACCAAACUGCGUCUACCGCGGCCGCUCAGUCUGGCACAGAAAACCGCCAUUUGGCCACUGAGAAUGAGAGACUAAAGCGCAAGGCCGAAAGCAAUGCCGUGCAACUUCGUGAGUUGCACAUGAAGGAUGAGUCGGUUCGCCAUCUAGCUAGGAUUGAAGAGCUAGAACUAACUCUGGCUUCGCGCGACGAAUUCCUACAAAGGAAGGAAGAAGAGCUUCGUGAAAUCCGGAAGAAUCGUCCGUCAACUCGCUCGACUAGCACUCAACCACGAAGCCCCAAGUGGGCGGGCAGCCGUCCGACCAGCCCCGGGGUUGGUCAUAAUGGUAACGGUAAUGGCGGUCAUGGGGGCAGGGGCAGUGCGCUACGAUACAGCUCAGAGGUGCCUUUCUGA